UUGUUACCCGAGAAUCUGCAGUCUUGUUCCCAAUUAAUGACGAUCCUUGCCAAACUCGGAGCUGAAAUAAAUCAUGAAGAAAUUUCACCUUUUAAUUUGGACAAAGAAAUUUACAUUACAUCAAAUUAUUCGUAAACAUAUGCAUGUAUGUAUGUACAUGUGCAUAAUUGUAGUGCAUGGAUAAAAAUACGUAGUUAUAUGAAAUCUCAAACUAUGCAUGGUCAUUAUGAACUCUAGUGACUAGAACAUCAUCUCAGGAUAAGAAGGAGUAGGGGGAACGGAGGGAUUGAAGUUCAUCAAAUAUAUGGGGAGGUGAAUUUAGGAUUUCACUGGACUAAUGUUGACAUCAUUUCAUAUUCAAAGAAUCAGCAUUAUAUGAGAUGAAGAUGGUAUUUCUGAGAUCGGGUAUCGUAGAUCACCUACCAAAUAGGGUUUGUUCAUUCUUGAUCAUUUUUGUAAAAAUCAUAGACUUCACAGCGGAAUAAUACAUUAGGAUUGAGGACCGUGAAUCCAUCGAUUCCGCUGUGGAAAAGGGAGUGUUCUUUUGAAUGCUAAAAAAUAUAUAUCAAGGAUUUUUGCGUACUGACCCAAGUUUUGAACUAAAAGUUAUUUAUAUUUAUGUAGUAGAUGUGCGGAAUUGUACAGGUUUGAAGAAAAUCCGGAAGGAACAAGCCUAGCGUACCCAUUGUAAGUACAUAUAUUUUACAUUUUAUGAAUGUGUUUGUGUUUAAUGAUCUUCGAGAAUAUUUAUAUGACUGAAUUUUAAUAAGAACAAUUGUGCUGAUUGCUUGCGUAAGAUUAGGAGAAUUAUAAAACCUGGUUAAACAGAGAAAGUCACUUUGCGAGUUCUACGUGCAUAUGUCCAUGUAUAAUAUUGCGGCUUCACCUAGUUUUUUUGCGUAGUUUUUUUAGACUACGCCAUUUCCAAAUGGGUUUACAUCAUUGUUUGCAUAUAUCAGCUAAUUUAUCAGGAUAUGUUUCUGAUAAGAAACGCAACGUUAUAAUAAUUGACUAAUAACUUUUGCAAUCAUGACGAGCAAAUAUAUUAUCGGAUCAAUUAUCAUCCAUCAUAAAAUUAAGGAAAUGCGUCAGCAAAAACCUGCUUGCUUUCUCUGACACGAAUCAGUCUUGUGACAUAGUGUCUCCGAGAAAGAACGUCUACGAAUGCUUAAUUUUUGACGAAAUGGCUAUAAGCUCAGAACUCCCUGUAAUAAAUCCAACCAGCCGAUUAUCUCGCCCUUCUGCCCCUUCUUUAGCCACCAUUCCAGGGCCCUUGCUUCUCUCUCGAAUAUUUGAAACUUUUGGCUGUUUCUGCCGCCACAUAGGGAUCCUCCCAAUUUCUGUCAAUGAAGACGGCACGGCUACGUUUAAGUUCUUCUCUCGACCCUUACUUCACACCCUUUCAUACAUUCUUAUCUUUGUUGGCACCUUAUCACUAUAUCUUCCUGAUGCAAUCCGUCAUUUUUCUGGGAUUCCCGAUCCGGCCCUUGCCAUUGCGGAAAACCUCUUUAUUGGUGGGCAAUUAUUGGGUGUCGUACUUACUCUUCUGCAAAUACCCCUCAUCGCAAGAAGAUUUGCUGUUGUUUGGAAUGGACUCAGAGACGUGGUUUCAUUCAUGGCAUCCCGAAAUCUAUCCCACCUGUACAGAAAGCCAUACGUUCGAUCCCGAAUUAUGCUCGUAAUCCAUCUCAUCUACUUGAUUAUCUACGCUGUCAUUUGCUGGCGUGACUUUGCUAAUCGAAUCGAGUCAGCCGUGAGCAAGACCAAGGACCCAUUCCGAUAUUGGGUUAAUGCGGUAUUACUCGUGGUGUUUUUCAUUUCCGUCUUCUUUCACUUGCUGCCGUUUAUGCUGUACAAAAUGUUUGCGGUGAUCAUAAUAAAAAGCUUUAUCGGUCUGGAGAUACUCCUCAAAGAAAGAAACACGAGUCAAGUGGGCGCAGACUGGAAGAUCCCUCAGCAUUUGCAAUUGAAGGAAUUGAUCAAAAUUUAUGCAAACUUGGUAUCACUGACAAAGGGUCUUGGAGGUGCACUUGGCCUAUACAUUCUUGUGGAGAUGGUCGUGCUUAUGACCUCCUUGCUGAUGACGGUGUUUACUAUGUUGAGUCAGUUUCAGCAGAGAGAUGUCUACUCGACAGUAUUCUGCUUCGUUUCCUACUCUGUCCUACUGAUCGUUGUCACUGAGACGGGAGAACAUUUGGGCGUUGUGGGGAAACGAUGCUUAGGAAACUUGAGGGAAGAAGUCUACUCGAUCUAUUCGGCAGAUGAGGUGGAUACUGCAUUAAUGCAUAAGGUUGGAACCCUCAAAAGACCAAAGCUUAGUGCGGGUGGGUUUUUCAGCGUAAAUAGGACUUUGAGCGUGGCUAUGGGUUCCACAUUUGCCACAUAUUUUGUGGUUAUACUGCAAUUUAAAUUGAACACUUCUGUGUUUGAAAGCUCCAGUUCCAAAUAAGUAAUACUAGAACCAUUCAGCACAAUAAGGAUUUAGUUAUACAUACUUCGUCAGUGUCGACAAUAAAUUAUUUGUCCUCACAUUUUGUAGAAUUCAGGAAACGUGUAGUAUAAUAAUACGUAAUGAGAGAAUUCAAAGUUUUACCUGGUAUCCUAACAAUAUUCCAUUGACACCGGAAGCCGGAGGAGGAACCCAUCUCACCAAUAGAGCCGAACUGUUGACUGGCGUUGGUUCAAUUAGCUUUGGAGCUGCUGUGGGCACUUUAAACAUAAAUAAAAUAAAUAUAUUAUAAUACCAUUCACAUUCAAAAUUGUAUGAAUCCUUUGUCAUAAUUACCACAAUUGAUCAUUUUCAGCAAAACUAGAAAUAAAGGAACAAAUAGC